CGCCCCGGAGUCGCCGGCGACGCGCCGCCGGGACGCCGCCCGGUUGCUAGGAGACGCGGCCGGAAGCGCGGGGCGCCGCGAGGUCCUGUCAGGGCGCGAGUGGAGGGUCCUGGCCGGGCAGAGCGGAGGGUCCUGGCGGGAGCGAGUGGAGGGUCCUGGCGGGAGCGAGUGGAGGGUCCUGGCAGGGCAGAGCGGAGGGUCCUGGCAGGAGCGAGUGGAAAGUCCUGGCAGGAGCGAGUGGAGGGUCCUGGCCGGGCGCAGCGGCCGGCGCCCGACAUGGACUCGGAAGUGGCCGCGGCCGGGGCGGACACGCGGCCGCACACGGCGCUGGCCCCCGCCCGCUGGCAGCUGCUGCGGCAGGUUCUGAAGCACGGGCGCGUGGACGAGCAUCUGCGGCGUGUGUCUGUGAGAAGAUUCGAGUCCUUCGGCCUGUUUUCUGUGACGGAGGCGGAGGCGGAGGCGGCAGGCCCGGCCGGGGGUCGGUGGCUCCUGUAUACCAGCGUCAUCUCCCCUGAGCACAGUGUCUUUGUGAGGCAUCAUGGUGGAUCACUGAAUGUUAAAGAUGUUCUUACAAGCUUCGACAACACAGGAAAUGUUUGCUUGUGGCCCGCCGAGGAAGUCCUGGCGCACUACUGCCUGCAGCACGCGGACAUCUUCAGGGGCCGAGCCGUGUGCGAGCUGGGAGGGGGCAUGACAUGCUUGGCUGGGCUCAUGGUCGCCGCUUCUGCCGAGGUCACGGAAGUUCUGCUCAGUGACGGGAACGGAAAGGCCAUCCGCAACGUGAAUGACAUCAUCGCUCGGAACCGGAAGGCCGGGACGGUGAAGACUGCUCAGCUCAGCAGCCGCGUUUUACGAUGGGAUAAUGAGGCAGAUGUCUGUCAGCUGGAAGGACAUUUUGACAUUGUUAUGUGUGCUGACUGCCUCUUUCUGGACCAGUCCCGAGCCAGCCUGGUGGACGCCGUGUGGCAGCUGCUGCGGCCAGGGGGACAGGCGGUGGUGUGUGCCCCGCGCCGGGGGCAGACGCUGAGCCAGUUUUGCUGUCUGGCCGAACAGGCUGGUUUCUCCCUGCAAUGCCAUGAGAACUACGAUGAGCACGUCUCGCGCCUGCAUGCCAAGCUGAAGGAAGAAAGGCCGGAUGUCUACGAGGAGAACCUCCACUAUCCGCUCCUCCUCCUCCUCACCAAGCGUGGCCGAGCGGACUGAGCCUGGGGACAUGCCUCAGGGACAUGCUGUCCACGUCCCGCCUCCCGCUGCCGCCCAGCGCUGGCCCUGCCGAGCCCACGUCUCCGAGGGCAGCUCCUGCCCCUCUCCCGACCCGUGUCUUUGUUCUGUUCUGGGGGGUCCG